GUCACGGCCGCGGCGAGGCCGCUCGAGCGCCGCUUCGUAUAAGGGACGAGGGAGGAGGGCCGUCUCGGUCGGCGGCGCUAUUGGCCGGGAAGAUGGCGGUGAACAGGCACCACUCGGCGGGCGGCGGGGUGAUCCCGCCCAACGGGGAGAGGUAACUAAGGAAGCGAGGCGAGGGUAGACGUGGAGCGGGGGAAGGGGGCGCCAUCCCCGGCCUCGGGGGUCGCCAGGGGGCCCUCGCCCGGGUUUAUUUCGCAGGAGACCGCGGGCGGCUUCUCGAGAAAAGUCGCCCCUGGUUCGGCCACCGAAAGCAGCGCCAAAUCUCUCCCCAGGAAUUGCGAUUGUGACGCGCGCGCGCAGCAGUUAACUGCCCGUGUGAAUGCUGUUACGCAGGGCAUACCCCGUCCCCCCUUUCCCUCCCGUGCCUUCUUCCCUCGGGCUCCUGCCCGGUUGAUGUUCAUGGGUGGGGGUGGGCGAAAGUUUUAAGGGGUAAACAUCCCUUGAUCUGUGUUGUUGUGGGUAGAUAAACUCGCUCCCUUGUAGCGCAGCCCUGAAGGUGUUUACUCGGAAGUAAGGCCUUCUGUUUUGCGCGGCGCCCACUUGCCCCUUCGCAUACUUAGGGUCGGUGCCUGAGGCGUAAGCUGCUGCGCAGGCUGAUUCAGUUCGUGACAUUUCCUCCUCUUCAGCCCUCGGUGGGUGUGACCCUAAUCCGUGCUUUCCCUUUGUCAUGUGCUACACGCAAGUUACACGUUGAUCCCCCACAGUAUGAGAGAGUGGAGAUCAGCGUACAUUUAUUUCCUUAAUAUUUCGCCGGCCGGGUUGCCACUUUACCAGAGAGAAAGUGACUAGCAUGCCAGUGAAGCAUAAAAGAAAAAUGUCGAUUUUACCAGUGUUUACAAAGUAAUACUAAAAACAGUUACAUUCCUUUGAAGCAUAUUUGGGACAUACUAAGCAGAUGGGCUGUGGGCAGCCAUUUAUCCCCUACAGUGAAUGAGAUAUCCAGUGUUUGGGGCAGCCGAGAACUCUGUUGAAUAAAGAUACCUUGCCAUUUUUUCCUCAUGAAGAACUGGAAAGUAUCUUAAAAGUAAGGGUGCUGUGAAUUGAUGUAUACAAGUGUGGUUCUCCAGGUGGAUUUAGUGUCAAUUUUUACCUCACUGGGUAAUUGUUAUCAAUUGAUAACAAUUGUUAUCAAUAACAAUAAUCAAUUUAUAACAGUUGGCCAAAAAUAUUUAUGGCAGAGCUCAUCUUAUUAACGUGGCUGUGAUUUUGCUCCUACCCAAAUCAUGCAUUUAAAGCAUGUGACUUCCCCCAAAGAAUAAUGGGAACUGUGGUUUAAAAAUGUUAGGAAAUGUAGCUCUGUGAGGGGGGUAAACUACAGUUCCCAGAAUUCUUUAGCAGAAGCCAUGUGCUUUAAAUGUAUGGUGUGGAUGUGAUAUUCAAGUUGCUCUCUGCCUUUUUAUGUGUAAACAGAGCACCAUUGGUUUUUUAGGUGGUGUGAGCAUCAGUCUCCUGCAUCUGUCAAAAAUUACUUGCUGGAUUGGCAGCAUGCCAGAAAAUUAAACUUUUGAAUGAUUGGGCCUCAAAUUGUAUCUAAGGGAAAAUAAUUCUUCCAGCCUGCUGGCUAGUUCACUUGAUCUGGUAGACUUCAUAGUUGUCUUCUCAAGACUAUAGAUGUUGUCUGGCCAGGGCAGACAGAAAAGCUCUUGAUAACCAUCACAAUACUGGUAUCUCUUUCUUACCCUUGUUCCUGUUAUUACUGGAAUUGACAUGUUACUUUCCCAAUGUAAGCUAAAUUUGACAAAUGGGGUAGACAUCCCUUCUCUGUGCUGUCCCUAUUCCUGGCACAGGGUUCCUGCAACAACUCACUGCUGAGAUUUGAGCUACCAUCUUAGAAUCACAGAAUUGUAGUUAGGAGGGACCAUGAGAGUUAUCUAGUCCAGCCCCCUGCAAUGCAGGAAACUCAACUACGGUAGAUCAUACAUGACAAAUGGCCAUCCAACCUCUGCUUAAAAACCUCCAAGGAAGGAUGGUCCACCACUGCUUGUGGGAGUCUUUUCCACUGUUGAACUGCUCUGUCAGAAAGUUCUUCCUGAUGUUUAGUCAGAAACUCUUUUCUAAUAACUUGAAUCCAUUGGUUCAUGUCCUACCCUCCAGAGCAGGAGAAAACAAGCUUGCUCCAUCGAAAUAAUCUGAAUAUGGCUAUCCUAUCUCCUCUCAGUCUCCUCUUUACCAGGCUAAACAUACCAACUCCCUUAACUGUUCCUCAUAAAGUUUGGUUUUCAGACCCUUUAUCUUAUUGGUCAGUCGCCCUCCUCUGCUCAUGUUCUAGUUUCUCAGUAACCUUCUUUCACUGUGGAUAUUGACAAUUAUAUUAUUCAGUUGAUUAUUCAGCUGAAUGACCAAGAACAAUAAAAGAUGAGUAAUGGUGAAGCCAAGUGCAUGUUAAUUGUACUUGCAAAUUAUGAAAAGUGUAGCACAGAGUCCAGUUUGUUUUCUGAACAGAAGAUCAUGGUUAGGAGAAUUUCAGAUGCGGGAGAAAAUAGACUGGCCCAAGACAUUUUGGCACCUGAGGCAAACCACACAAUGUCCUCCCCACCACCAGGGAAGAAGGGGUGAGUGAAGAUCUACAUCAGGAACAAGGAUGGUAGCGCCUCUUAUUUGCCUAGAGGCUGUAUGUGGCAGGGAGUCUGCUGAGGAACACAGCUGAUCUGGCCUCCUAAGAGUGCCACAGUUGUCAUGGUCACUGCAGCAGCAGCAGCAGCAGGCGAUGCCUUUCUUGGAGAUCAGAUCUGUGGAUCCUUCCCUCUGAGGCAGUCGUCUCACCUUGCCUCAUGCAUGAGCUGGCCCUGCUUGCAGGCAAAUUUAUAUGUUGUUGCAUAUUGUUUUAAGUUUCUGAAAGCCAAUGGAAGCAUUGUUGCAUUUUUGAAAGAUGAGCUGAGCACCUAUAAACGACAGUCACAACAGGAUUAAUGAUUUCAACUUAAUUAUUAACAAGUUUAAGUUUCCACUGUAUUGACUGUUAGUGCAUCAUUUGAUCUAUUAUUUAUUAAUUUUUUUGUCCCACAGCACCUGUGCUUCAGGAUCGCUUAUAACAAAAAACCUGACACUAUAAGCCACAAGACCAGUUACAGAACAGAGCACGCAAACCUUGUUGGCAGAAUGAAAUUGAGUUGACUUAGAAAACUCUCACUAAUUGGCUCUGGGCUAACAAAAGAGCUGGAAGGGAAGCCAGAGCGAGUUAAAUCAGUCACAUGAUUCUUAGCUGGUCAGUGAGAGAGCUAAAUUGAAAGGCAUUGCACAGCUCUUUCAUAACCUGUUCGUGAGCAGUAGAUCACCAGUAAAAUUUCCCUGAACAAGAAAUGGUUUAGGGGUAUCCUGAUGAGAACAAAGACUGUUCAUAUGGGAGUUUCCGUAGCCUUAAUAUUAGCAAGUGUUUGACACACACUUGGAAGAAUGCAAAAUGAGAGGCAGCUGUAGAGCACAUCACAUGGGGAUCUGCCUUGUCAGGAUAGAGCUCCCAGUACUGCUCAGUUGGCAGUAAGGGGAAGGGGUGUUUUUUUGUUUUGUUUUUUGUAAUUCCCCCUAUACAGCCAAAAUCAGUUCUUCAGACUUGGGGAGGCUGGGGAAGGGGAGGGGAAUUGCUAACCUGUUUUUUCUCCUGUUCACUAAUUGAAGCUUUAUUGUCAACUGAGUAACACGGUUGGAUAAAACCCUCAGUUAGGACUACUUUGCACAAGUAGAAUCCCUUGUUAGGUGAAUCCUGUCCACUGGAUUCUCUCACGUCCUGCUUUAGACUUGAAAUGUCAGGAGAAUUGUGUUCCCGUUUAGUGUCUGAAGGGGAAGGCAGAUAUAUCUGCUGAGUUGGGUUUUACUUUCUGAACGACUGUCUGGGCUUGGCAGUGGCUCUCCCAGUGAGUAUAGUAGAGUUGGUUCUUCACCGAUCAGUACAGUACUGGCAUGUUUUGCAUAGCCCACUAAGAAAUGCUCACGCGGCCAUAUUUUUUCUCCUUCCCUGAAGCAUUCUCAAGCACUGUAAAGAUGUGGAGCUGACCUUCUCUGAUGUGACUGGCAAACCAGAGAUCUUCAAAGGCACCAAGAAAGGAAUGGUGUUUCUCACUCCUUACAGGGUAAGUCUUGAGUGAGGGCCAGUUGCAUCUUAGACACCUUUUGAAGGGUCAUUCAGUCAGGACAGCAGUCACUUGUAGUUUAUCUAACUACAGCUAGUGUGAGAUUCUUCAGUACAUUCUUUUCUAUACUAUUAGUGUAUUUUUCUACAUUACUGUGGUACCUCUGGAUGCGAACAGGAUCUGUUCUGGACCCCCGUUCGCAUCCAGAAGCGAACACAACCCGUGUCUGCGGGUCACGAUUCGGUGUUUCCACGCAUGCUCUUGACAACAUUUUGAGCAUCUGCCCGUGUGCGAGCGGCGAAACCCGGAAGUAACGCGCUCCGGAUCGCUGUGGAGUGCAACCCGAAAAUAUUCAUCCCAAAGAUACUUCAACCCGAGGUAUGGCUGUAGUUGAAAUCAUAGAGUAGAAGUAGUUUUCUUCUUUCAGGCAUUCAGCAUGGCUACUACAAAUUCUGAAAUUUUCUAUAUUAUUUUGUUCUGAAAUUUCAUGUUAGCUUAAGAUACAAGAAGGCAUUCUGACUGACACAAGAUGAAAACUGUUUUUGUGGGUUGUUUGAUGUUCUGCAUAAAUCUAUCUUUAAAUACUGUUCAGAAACUUUUGCUGGUAUAGAAUGCCACUUCCUUUUUCCAGCCCCCGCCUCACUGGCCUUACUUUGAACCUUCCAGGAGUAGUGGUGUUGUUUUGCCUGGUUGGAAUGUGUCCUUGAACUCUGAUAGUGCCAGGAUGGAGGACAGAAAGAGUGCGUAGAAACUAGCAGACUCUAGAGUGUUCAGAAAGAGCAUGUGGCACUUGGAAGGUUACCCAGAAGAGAAUUAGGCCUCAAGAUGAAAAAGAUUCCCACCUUCUUUCUAAAGUGAUUAGGAAUAUGCCAGCAAGAGGUCUUAGUGGGGAACCUCCAUGUUCUUAAAAGAGGCCUGUCUCAGCCCAAUUUUGUAGACAUUUAGGGAAAAGGUGAAGACAUUUGAGUGGGUGGAGGGACUUCUGUAGAAAACAUUAUGAUUUCUUAUUUUUUCAUUUAUUUUAAUAAAUAUUAAAUUAAAAUUCCUGACUUAAGUCUUCACUUGAUUGUUUGAUAUGGGGGGGAGGGUUGGCUUUCUCUCACUUUGAAGAAUUAGUUAUUUGUCCUGGAUUGUUUUGUACGUAGUUUUAUAUUCCAUUUUUUUAUCCCUGUGUUAGCUGCUUUGGGCCUUGUAUAGAAGAGACAGCACAUGGUAUAAGUUUGAUAAUUAAAUGUAUUGCAGGUUAUUUUUGUGUCCAAGGGCAAGGACCCAAUGAUGUCCUUCAUGAUGCCCUUCUACAAGGUGAAAGGAUGCUCCAUUGAACAGCCCGUAUUUUCCGCCAAUUAUAUCAAAGGAGUGAUAGAAGCAGAACCUGGAGGUAUGUACUACAUCUUGUGGUGACGAAUGUAUUUAUUGUAUCACUGAGUUUAACGCAAGUUGUGCCAAAUCUGCUUCAGUGAUUUAUUUUCCAUUGGUGUCUCAUGUGAGUGUCUCAUGUGAAUAUCACAUGUUAGAAAUGAGUUUUUCCUGUGAGUUUGUGUUGUUUACUAAAAACACACCCCUCCCUGCCGAGUUUGAUUGUGUUUCAGCACUCCUUUUAUGAACAUAUCCUCUUGGCUUGCAAAUCAUUAUUUUCAUUGUAGCUAGUGUAGUGAUGAGGAUUUUCACUUCAGUCUUUUUAUUAUUAUAGCUUGAUUUGGGAAGAGGAAAAAGUUGUUUUAUUUCAGAAACAUGUUUUUUAAAAACUUUCAUUUCAGUAAAUAUUUUCUUGCCGAGUUUUGAAGGAUGCUUGCUGGAAUAAGAAAGUGAAAGAUUCUGCUCGUAGAAAUUCUUAUUUUACUUUCUAGUUAAGUUCCAGACCCUGAUUAAAUUAAUAAAUCCAUGGAAAACAUCUGACUUAUUGGUCUUUCAAUCAAGUUACCCAUCCUCCAGCCUUAUCAAAUCAAAUGUUAAUUUUAUAUAGCUUCCCCCCCCCCAAUACUACCUGAAAUAAGAUGAAUCUUCUUUGUAUCUGUAAGGGGGUGAAACUUAGUUUGCAGGAGAAGUACUUGAUGGGUUAAUCCUUGUGUUGAUACUAUAACUUGGUUGAAACUAUUCUUGAUUUCACUUUCUUACCCAGAAGUGACCAACCUGUUGUGCUCCCUCCCCCUCCUUGGUGUUGUUAGAUUACAGUUUCCAUCAUUCCUAGUGGCCUUGCUGGCUGGGGCUGGUGGCAGCUGAAGUCAAGCAACAUCUAGAGCUUCCCCAUCUGUUUUAGUUACCUUUCGUGCCAUCAAAUUAAAAUAGAAAUGUUUUCAUUUGCCCAGAAGCAUACGGGUCCAAAUUAACUCUAUUAACUUUUAUCUUUUCAAUCUCUUGGGAAGCUGUCUUAAUUAACAUUUAACCUGACUUGUUUGUCUUAGGUGGCUGGGAAGGACAGGCUUCAUUUAAGAUGAGCUUCUUCAGUGGAGGUGCCAUAGAGUUUGGGCAACUGAUGUUCAAACUUGCUAGUGAUGGUAAGAUUCUCUCCCCUGCCAUUUGCUGCUUAAUCUGUAUUUGCUUUGCUUUCUGGUUUUGCUAGCAGUAGCUGGCCUCUAGUUAGUCUGGCUGCUUCCAUUUACUGACCUGUUCAUUUUCAUCCUCAUGGUUCUGUCCUGCUCUAGGUGCAAAACUGGCAAAAACAUCAACAAUGGAAACGAGAUAAUUUUGCCUUAAUCAAUUAAAUGUAGACUGAUUUAAGACAUCAUCAUAAGAAGUCCAGGGUUUCAUGUGCUGAUUUUAGCUUACUAAACUUAUUUCUCUUCAGCUUCUAGGGGAGUACCUGCCCAGAGUUUUGGCUAUGGCUAUGCACCUGUUCCUGGGGGCUAUGCCCCUCCGCCUUUUCCAGGAGCAUAUGCACCUGCACCAGGGGCCUAUGCCGCACCACCACCAGGACCAUACGGUUAUAUGCCUGCACAAAUGAAUGGAUAUGGACCUGCUGCACAACCUAUGGGAUAUCCAUAUGCUCCUCCUCCAGGUAAAAAUUCCAGCAGAUUGCAUAAAAGAUUGUCACUCAAAAAAGGGCAGUAGUAUAUACGACCAGACAAUAUAUAUAACUAUUUCAUGUAGGUGAGAUGACUAAUGCUCAAAUCUAGAGAAUAUCAACAGUAGCACGAAAGUGGAGGGGAUCCUAUUCAGUGUAGAAUGCUUGGAACACACUAAACGUGGAUUGGGUCCUUUCGCUAAACAAAGUAAGACUUAGUCCUUGACUUCAAGUAUUACAUGCAUUGUUUUGGUAGGUACAUUCUCCACAGUACAUCUGUAUGUGGUGACUCAGCCUCUGCUGCUGCCUUGCUUUCUAUCCAGCCAGUGGGAACAGUUGCUGGAUCAGUAUGGACUAUGUAGUUUGAACAGCAAUUGUCUCAGUUUAAGCAUGUAACUGAUAUGGGGAAAGCUCCCUGAGAGCUUAUGGAAAAAGAGGAUGAAAUGCAGCAUGGGAAAAUCCUGUCCUGGGGAACUGCUCCUCCUUGAAUAUUUCUGUGAUGCGUGUGUAGACAUGGCAUCUGUUAUCUGUCCUCAGGCAUGUAUCCAGCACCUCCUGGGAUGAACUCCAUGUACAUGGCGCCUCCUCCUCCAUACCCCGGCCCUUCUGCAGGACCUUCGGCCCCAUCUCAGGCAGGACCUUCAGCUCCUAGAACCUGGACAGAGCCAGGAAUGCCAGGUAAGUUUCCGUUUAGAAUGGGGGGGGGGAUUGGAUCUGUCUCCCAGUGUAUCUUUUUUUAAAGUUUUGAAUAAUUUCUUUGUUGAAGAGAGGUGAACGGUUGAGCGUGAGGAGUUACCCUGUUCUAAUAGCCAUGACAGCCAAGGAAGCUGUGAAAAUCUAUUAUUAUUAUUAUUAUUAUUAUUAUUUAUUUAUUAUUAUCACUAUUUGAAUUUAUAUACCGCCCUAUACCCAGGGAUCUUAGGGUGGUUCACAGAAUAAAAUCAAGAUAUAAAAGCACAAAAUACCUAAUAAAAAUAAAAACAGCAACCCAAUAGCACCCCAACAUAAAAAACAACACAUUUUAAAAGGGCACGGCAUGUAAAUUGGAUCAACCAAAUACCUGGUUAAAGAGGAACAUUUUUGCCUGGUUCCUAAAGAUGUAUACAGUGGUGCCUCCGGUUACGAACUUAAUACAUUCUGGAGGUUCAUUCUUAAAUCGAAACCAUUCUUAAUCUGAGGUGUGCUUUCGCUAAUGGGGUCUCCUGCUGCGUGUCUCCCACAUGCAUCCUGAGGCAAAGUUCGCUUUCAGGAGCACCUACUUCCAGGUUAAUGGAGCUCAUUACCCGAAGCAAGGAGGACGGUACGUAACCAGAGGUUCCACUGUAAUGAAGGCACCAGGCGAACUUCCCUGGGGAGAGCAUUCCACAGAUGGGGAGCCACUGCAGAGAAAGCCCUUUCUCGUGUUGCCAUCCUCAGAACCUCUCGAAGAGGGGGCACACAAAGGAGGGCCUCAAAAGAUGAUCUCAGGGUCCUGGUAGGUUCAUAUGGAAAGAGGCGGUCCUUGAGGUAUUGCAGUCCUGAGCAAGCUCUCGGAAGGUUUUAGGAUCCCAGAAUGCUUGUUUACAGAAUACAAUCAGUCUAAAUUCCAGGUGGCUACCUAAUCCUGAAAAAACGUGUUGGGACUACUCUUUGUAUAAGUGGAUACCUCUCUCUCUUAAAAUCUUGUCUCUUGAUCUUUGUCUCUGUGGUCAUUUUCUCCUGUUUCCUGUCUCCUCAGAAUGAAUGCUGUUCAGCAUGUCCACAAGCCAACUGCUGCUGAGUGUCUAGUCAUGUCCUAAUUCUUUCUUGCUGACACUGCAGAAUCUGCUCUUUUGCCUAAUCUAAAAAUUGUGCUAAAACAAGCAGCAUUUGCUUUGUGAAUAUAAAUAGUGUGGAUUUUUGUAUGUUUAAAGUUGCUUGAUUCUUUCCUUCUGCACUAGGUGGCAACAAAGCAACAGAGGCAACUUCCAGUGCAUAUUAUAACCCGGCUAAUCCUCACAAUGUCUACAUGCCUAUGGUAAGGAACCUCACUAGGUCUGAUGGGUAUAGGGAGGAGACAUAGCAAGAACUCUUGCUAUGCUAGCAAUCAGCUGGACAUAACUUGCAACUGGUUGAAGUAUACGGUACAGCUUCUUACCAGUAAGCAUACUUGGUAUUAUCUUUGCUUCCUGUAGUAGAGAUGCCAGCCGUACUAAAAAAAUGGGAGGGCCAAAUGUAACAGCACAUAGGGACCUUGAGCUUUGCCUAUUCUCCAUCUGCAUAAACGUCAGUGAGGACCUUCCCCACAAGGGCCUCCUUUACUUCAUUCUCAUGGCUGCCAAGCUCAUGAUAACGCAUUACUGGAAGGAGGCUGGUUAACUAUCUGUAGACAGAUGGUAUGAUGAAUUUUGGAAUGCAGCUCUGUUGGAAAAGAUCACAAAUAACAUAAAAUCCACAAGAGGCAAAUCAGAAUCUAUGAAACAUAUUGCAGUUUCAUAAUUUGCUUCAAAUACAUCCAAAUCUGACACAAGAUGGCAUCCACUUUCUUGGUACAAGAUUAUUUGAUUGACCCACUUCUCCUUUUAGCUUUGAUGCUAUCUUGGAAUAAUGUGAGAAAUGCUCACUGUAGCUUAUUUCUUUAACCUGUACUGGCAGCCAACAAGACAAUUUUUGUUACAAGUAAUAACCUCAUUUGUAUUACUAGGUUUUUGUUCUUGCUUGGUUUUUAGUAUAUGUGAUUAAUGUUCUGUGUCACUCUCAGUAAGCUAUAAAGCUGCGAUAAAGAGCCAUUUCAGUGGAAGUUUUACACACACACAGAGAGAGAGAGAGAGAGAGAGAGAGAGAGAGAGAGUGUCUUGAAUUCUAGGGGGGAAAGGCUGCAUUAAAACAAAGUAAACCUUAAAUUAGUUAAAUUACACUACUUAGACAAUCCGGAGUGCACCCCGCCUUUAAAAAAAAGGUGCCAUUGCAGCCAUGUGUUAAGUGCCAUUCUAUCAUUGGCAUGUGCAGAUUAUAUAAAAUUGUGUACUCCAUCUUAAAGUGUAUUGCUAGGGGGUACUAGACUUAAACUUGUAUUGAGAGAAGAACAAGAUACCUUGUGGGUUGAGGACCCUCAUAUUAGAUGUCUUGCCCAUUUGAACAUGAUGGCCCCCCAAGCAUGAUGAUAGUGUGCUGAAACUAUGAAAUGAGCAAAGUUUUGAUGUGUUUUGUAAAAAAAGGCGUCCCAUGUACAGUGGAUGUGCCACAUUAAUGCUGUCUCCAUUUAAUUUAGGAUCAACCACCUCCUUAUUCACCACCUGAGGAGAAGAAGAAUAACUGAGAAGAGCCCAGGGGCUGUCCUCCCAUGUUUUUGUCCUAGAAGAUUUUGCCAUUGCUGCCGCCUCCUCUUGGUUCUGUAUACUCUAGGUCAUCCUGUGUCACUAACCUGCACGAUGUUGGGUGACUCUUCAACACCCGCUGUUCUUGAAACUUUCCUCAUGGCAAUACAAAAGAGCAGUGACAGUAUUGCUUUCCUGAGUACUUGCUUUCUCUCCUGAGACCAGAAUAGAACAGCCAUGACUAUUUUAGCCCUUGGUUUGACAGGAGAGGUGAAAUAUGCAUAAUGCAAAUGAAGCCACUUCACAUAAGUAGGAAUGAAAUACUGAAGCUCUUUGUAUGGGACAAAAACACUCGUAUAAUGACACACAGAUAGGAAUAUGACAGGAGUAUUCUGCUUCCAUGCAUCUCUGCUUGUGAGCAUCAGUUUGGCAUGUUACAACUGCGUUAACUCCAUGCAUUAAAAAAAAAAUUCCCAUGCAGUUUAAUGCAUGAGACGGAAUUCUAUAAAUAUCUGGAGGCUUAUCUUAUUUUCUAGGAAAGUAGCAGAGAGGACUUAUGGGGAAAUCUCCAGUGAUGUAUAAAAAGAUGGCCUGGGGAAGCAACCAAAGGGCUAACCAGUAGCUGUCUUUUUGAAUCUGUCGGUGCAUCUCCAACUUAUCAUGAUGUAACUGCAUCUGGCUCUGCAACAAACAUGUUCUCUACACUUUUGCAACCUAUCCCUUGCAAAGGGAUGCCUGGUGGAAACUUACAAUCAUGUGAAAUAACAUGUAAUAGGUUUCUCUUCUGCUUUCUCUUUUGACUGUUGGAUCAGUGUCUCUAAAAGUGUAUCCUGUCUUUUGGUAUAGGGGACAUUGAGAAGGUCUCACAUUCAAGAGAGGCCAGACUAUCUGUCUGCUCAUCUAAUUCCUAGUGCAGCUGAGAAACCUGGAAAGGAUCAAUUUAUCUGAACUGGAACCAAAGAUGUGGCUUUAUGAAAUUAGUAGUUUGGAGUUGAGGGGUGAAGCUAAGCAAAAAGUAUAGGGUACAGAAAGAAGAGCAACCCACCUGUCAAGCAUUCUGGAAACACAACCCAAGCAGAAUGUCUUGGUCUCCUGGAAACCAGCCCAAUCCAGGUCCAGAAUGGCUUGGUACCCAGUAGCAGCAAGUGCAGCAGAGUCUGUUUAAUAGGAGAGUACUUUAUAGAAAAGAGCUAUUCUAGCAAACUCCUGAGAGAUAGUGAAGCCAUUUCUCCUUGCUCAGCCAGCUGAGCUAGGCACUAAUGUAACUAGAAAGGGCUAAAUGGUGAAUGAUGUGGGUGAGAGGAAGUAUUGAAACUCACUUUGAAAUAGAGAAAGGCAUGUCAGACUUGCUUUUGAACAAAGUUGGAAGAGAUGGCAAAUGAGUUAGGAAGGGCUAAAAGGAUGUUUGCCAGCAAGCAGCACACAAUAUUGUGGUUGCUUACAUAAGAUGUCGCUGGUUUAACUUUUAUUUUUCACAUGAUAAUCCCCCCUCUUAUCUGUUCCAAAGAGAACUCUUGCUCUACAUAUAAUGGAAAAUAUAACUUAAGUAAAGCCUAAUCUCUUAGGAUAUCUUUUCCUCUCUAAAGAGGCUAUAUUUUGCAAGAACCACUCAUACUAGUUUCUAUUCAUGGAUCCCUUUCUGACCAUCUUCCCUUUAGUAACUGAGAAUAUUACUCAGUAUAGCAGGCAUAGGGUGACAUUUUCUAAUAACCAUUUUAAUCUAAAUCCAAGAAGCUUAACCACUUUCCAUAACUUAAUAGUUUCCUCUGUAAUAUUUUUGGAUUGCACUUUAAUACAGAAGUAUUGAAAUCUUUAUAUUUGUAUCUGUGGUGAUGGUGUGGACAACCUGGUUUUUUGUGUGCAUGUCAGAGGGAGGGGGGAGGAGAGUUUCUUCCUAAAGGAGUUGUAUUAACUACUGUUCUGGCAUGGCAUUCGAAGAACUAACAUGCAAAACAAGUAAUAUACUGUAUUUUUCGUCCCAUAGGAUGCUCCGUCCCAUAGGACGCACCUAGUUUUUUUGGGGGGGAAAUAAAGGAAAAAAAAUUCCCUUUAUUUCCCCCCCCAAAACCAGGUCGGGGAACAGCGGGAUGGCGGCGCUGCGCCUCCCCGCUGUCCCCCAAGCUUGUGGGGCUGGCCGAUGUCUACCAGAAGCGCGGGGCGCUCUGCUUCAGCGCGCGCCGGGUGGCAGGCUGCUAUCCGCAGCGUGGGGAGCCCUGCGGGAACUCCUGCGGGCUCCCCAGGCUUGCUGAUAGCUUCCUGAAGCCUGUAUUCGCCCCAUAGGACGCACACAGAUUUCCCCUUCAUUUUUGAAGGGGAAAAAGUGCGUCCUAUAGGGCGAAAAAUACGGUAGCUGCCAUUUGUCGAAGUGAACAGGAAACAUGUGAGAAUAAUUCUGGAUGCCUUACUAGAACACACACACAUCAAGUAAAGGCACGGGGUUCUUUGAGGAGUUGGAUCUCAUUCUAGUAGAAUGACUUGAAGCCAGCCUGGGGCCUGGUCCUCUAUAUAUUCUUGGACUCCAGCUCCCAUCAGCCCAGACAGCAGGGUGAAUUGUAGUCCAGCAAUAUUGGAGGGCUAGAGGUUCCUCAUCUUGGAUAUAAAGGGAGGAGUGGGCCCAUGAAUGAUUCCCUUUCAGUUCAGUUAUCAAGGGAGAUCUGGGGUUUAUAUACAAACAGAAAAAAAUCAGGUUGAGAAGUACGUGAGGCUUUCCAGAACUUGACACACAGCAUUAAUCAUUCCAUUUUAAACUGCUAUUCAGUUCUUUGUCCUUUAUCUGAUUCCUAUAAAAUAUACUUCUAGAGGUAGGUGGAUAACCUAAGACAAAAAGACCUUGACACAAGCAGAAAGGUGGUUUUAUAUGGUCGUUUUUCAUUGUGACAAAUAAAAAAUGAUUGCAGAAGGUAAAAUGAUAGUGGUGACAGCUGGUUCAUCAAGUGGUAGCCUAUAAUAUUCAUGUUAGAUUGUGGCUGCCACCAGUUUGAAGCACCUUUGGUAACCUGUAGUUUUCAUUGCUAUACAGCACGUGCAGGACCCUACAUUAGUCAAAGGAGAUGCUGAGUUCACUAAACCCUAAUUUGAGUAUGUCUGACUAAGUUGCAUUGUGGAUCCUAACAAACUGCUGCAAAAAUAAUAGCUUGCAUAUGGAAUCUGCUCCUGUGCCUUGCUUUGAUUAGCAUGCCACUUCUGGCUUUUUUAAAAUAGCAUGUUGGGGAAAUGCUCUUAAAACAGAUCUAAAUCUACUUAUUUUGCAUAUUUCCCGUCCCCUCCACAGAUGACAAUAGGAAGAUAGCGGCCAUCCUGAAAUCUGUCACCCCAAGUUACUGCCUCUUUUGGAUAAGGUUGCCCUUCUUAGAUUUCUGGGGUGUAUUUUAUAGCAGCUUUACCAGUCCCAAAGGCUCCUUCAGCUCCAGUUCUGCCUCUGUACAACUGAAGUUUCCCACUGUUACACUUCCACCUUUUUUACCUCGUAUAAACGUAUUGAAUAAAUAACCACCCCAUAAGAAAAAAAAUUGGGUGGCUCACAAAGUAAAUGAAAUGAAAACUUAAAAAAAUGUUAUAGUUCAUUUUAGCCUAAGAAGUUAAAACAGAGGCUGAGAUUAUAAAACAAGUCUUUAUUUUAUUUCACAAAAUUUAUAUACUGCUUGUUUUUUAAAAAAUCAACAACCCUGAUUUAAAGUCAUAAAAGACUUGCAUGAACAUCUGUGUGUACAAUUAAUGUUAAUCCAUAUAUACGCGUGUUUCCUAUAACAAUUUUGUAAUAGGUGAGGUUGUCUUUAGCCCAAGAAUAGCCUUUGAAUAACAGGUGGGGGGGACAGAAGAGGUGUGUUGCCUUUGCUUCCAGGAAGUUGAACCAGAUGGAUCUGUUGUCUGAAAUAGAAGGGCACUGAUAUUCCUAAAACCCAAAACUGUUCAGCAACGUGAUAAAUCCUUCCUGAAUGCAUGCAAGCCUAUUUUGACUGUUUCCAUAAGUUGCCUUGCUGAUAUGCUAGCAUGUCAAGGAAAAGACUAACUAGAUCCCUGUGACCUGAAAUGCUAGCUUUCACAAUUGGUACUCUCAGCAUGAAGAAAGGAUCAUAAGAGUGGUGUCUACAACUAUACAUUCAAAGAUGUGAAUUGCUGUUGUGGGUUCUAGUAGGUCUUGGAUAUGGAUAAGAGUGUUUGGGUGUCUCUCCAUGUGCUCCACUAUGAAACCUAACUGCCUCAGAUACUACAACAGGUAAAAUACUUGCAGCAUGGAGGAGAAAAGAAAGAAGAAAAUGGUUAAUUUGAAGCUUAAUUAGAUUUUUUCAGACCAAUUUUGGAAAAUUCCAGGCAAGUUAGUUUUCACUGACAUGAAUAUCUUAAAUUUCCAUAUACUGUUUUAAGAUGAUCUAAACUUAAAUUUCCAAUGAUUUCAAAGCAUUUGGCUGCAACUCUGUGGUGCAAGUUAAGACUUAACUUCCAAGUGGAUCUAUAGAAUCAGGCAGUAGCACCUUGGAGGUAAAUGGUGCAUUGUCUCAGUUUUUACACUGCAUGUGUAAAAUCCCCCUUCUGACCCCACCCACCUGCCCCAUUUUGAGGUGCCAUCACUUUCGCACCUGGCCUGACUUGCUGAGAAAUCGUAGCAGCUAGCGAUUGGCCUUUUGGCAUCACAUGGCAGAAGGAUGGAACUUCCUGGCUUCAGGCAGCUGCUUCACAAAGCUGGACGGCUGGCCAAGGUAUGUUGUUGGGUAGACAAACCACAUGACUACUCCAGAGGGGUUAAUGACCACUGUGAAGUUAUCGGCAGCCUUCAAGCCAGUGAUAAUUUGACCACUGUACACAUCCUGUGCCUGAAACA